AUGGCGCAAGCAGCACAUCCCCCACAGAAGAGCAGCGACAUGCCAUGGAUAAUCGGUGCCGGUCUUAUCUUCGGUCCGGCACUCGUCUACGUGAUCUCAACACCCGUGAGCAAGGGCCACGGAGAGGGCUCUGGCGACCAUGGCCACGAUGCACCGUCAGUCACGAUGAAGGACGGGGAGGGGUACGAGGCGGAGGUAGGAGGGGAAAUUGGCCAAUCAUUGUCUGAAGACGCGCCCAAGGCAGCCGACGCGACAUCGGACAGUCCGCAAGACAAGUUCUCCAAGCACUCAGAAUCGGUCGCUGAGACGGCGAAGAUCGAGAAGGACACCGUGCCAAGUUCGGGCAGCCGUCAAGGUACCUUCCAGUCCGGCGAUGACGAGGGUCCGACGGAUAUGGGAGAUGCGCGCUCAGCUGCACAGGACAAGAAGCCUCCAAAGGCGGCUGCCGAGGAGAAGAAGUCGAACUGA